AUGGAGAUUGAGUUGCCGCAAGAAAUUAAGCAACAUAUAUUGUCGUUGAUGGAGUUUACAGAUGUGAUUUGUGUCUCUGCCGUAUCAAAGAUUUGGAGAGAUGCAGCCGCCACUUUACAGACCUUGAACCUUACUGAUCGUCGUUUUCAGAAAUUGCUCGGCCUUCGUAAUGAUUAUGUCGACUACAACCCUACGAAAGAAAAGUUUAGCUCCUUGCUGUGUUCUGGAGAACGCAAUAUUGAGAAUGUCCAAAAUCAAAAUUUGGACAUAACAAAUUGGUGCUUUGAGCUUGGUGCUAAACUUAAUCUUUCGAUGGGAAAAGAGAUCACUCGCUUACUUUCCCUUAUGCUAAAGGGAAAGGGUUUAUGCUGUGUUACUUCACCAAUUAAUGUUGAUGCUAAGUUACAUCACCAAUUAAUCGACAACUCUCCUCAGCUGGAGACCUUAAACAUCAGCCAUUGUUACGGUUUCCGUGCUUUGAAACUAAUUGGGUCACAUCAAAAGUUGAAACGGGCUGUUCUUGAUUAUAACGGGUCCAAACUACUUGAUGUUAGAGUUGAAAAAGUUCAUAUUAAAGAUGCUCCAAAUCUCGAGUACUUUCGUUUCUGUACCAUGCCUGAAAAACUAUGUGUCCUGGAUAUGGCAGCUUGCAAGAAUUUGAGGGUUUGCGAUUUGCAAAGUUCUGAUGGAGAUGAAAAGUUGUUCGAGUCAAUCCAAGUCCUACUUAUUGCGGAUCAUCUGAACGCUCUGGAAGUAUUUAAGUUCACCAGGAAGAAAGAAGAUGAAGAGGGAUUGAAUAGUUUAACAAUCUCGAGUAAAUCUCUCAAGAAAUUGUCGCUAGAGUUGCUAUGGAUGGCUCCUCGACUACGCACUUUAUCCAUAGUGGAUGACUCUGAUACAACUAUAACCUUUCAGUUUAAAUAUGAGGGUUCAAGGAAUGAGGAAGAUGAGGUGGUUUCUUCGAUAUCUGAAACGACAAUUCAUUUGGUUAAAGUAAAAGUUGAAAACCGUCCAGGGAAUAAGGGAAAAAGGAAUAUUGGAGUUGAGGAAUCGGUAAUAUCUGUCUCUGUUGUUUCAAGAAGAAGCCGUGGUCAGAGAAGGCUUCUCAACUCUGUUAUCAAGAACCCACCCAGUUGCUCCACCAGCCAAUGCCUAGGAAUUGCCGCCGACGUAACUGUUGUAACUCUGGGAAGCAACAACUCAAAAGGGGAGUGGAAGCCUUUGCCGAAAGUGCCAAAAGCACCUGAAAAAUACUGUGUGGCUUGGAAUUAUCGAGAAACCGAAGGUUUCGAGGCGGUAAAAGACGAGUGGACGAAGGAGGAUGAGGAGAAGAUCAAAGAAUUUGACAGUGACUUAGAGAAACUCGAGAGAUAUCCCAAGAUACUUGACAAAGCAGUGCGAGGAGACCAUUCCUCCUUUGACCGAGAAGGACGUGCCCUCAGAGAAGGAGACUGGGCCAAGCCUCAACCUCUUCCUAUCGAGGAGGGAAAAGACCAUUUCGAGGGGAAUGUAACCAUCCUACCCCCUGAGAUACCUACAGGGGGCCCUUCUGUCGCAGUUCAUACCUUUGACAAUCCUCCAACCAUUGAGUGCCCUGUGCUGGAAGAGUUUGCUGCCAACCUUACCGAGGCAGAUGGAUUAAAAUUGGUGAGCACAGUUAUGAUGAACCAUGCCCAAAGGUCCAGGGACCUAAGGCGAGAACCAGUGGAAGCUCGAGCCAAGAGAGACCAAGCGUUGAUCGAGAAGCAGGCUCUUGAGGAGAGGAAUCAGCAGCUGCAAGCCAAGGAAGUAGAGCUUGCCUCGGUCCAAACCCAGCUUGGAGAAAUUGAAGCAGAAAUUUCAAGAUCCAAGAUGAGUUCACCCGAGAACAUUGUCUCAUUUCCCGGGGAUGUGGCUUCUGUUUUCACAAGAGGUCCUGGUGAGGAAUUGGCAAUACUUGAAGUCUCCGACGAGUAUUUUGGAAUUGACCUAGAGGAAGAUGAAGAUGAGACUGCUGAGGAGAAUGACACAGGCAAUUCGGGUGCCAAGGACCAAGAUCCCCCAGUCGUUAUUUCUGCUGUAAGAACCCUCGAGAAAGACAUUAUGGACACAAUGCAAGCAUACAAUGCGCAGAUACAUUCUCGGCUGGUACAGCGGUUCAAGCAAAAAGAAGAAGAAUAUCAAGGCCGCCUUCAGCAAUAUGACCUUGACUAUCAGGAUUUCCUGGUCCUGGAGGAGAAUGUAAAUGAAGAAAUGGCGAAUUUAAGGAAAGAGAAUGCCCAACUGAAGUGCCGUGAAGGAAUCGUGGUAUCCCCAUGGUUUCUCGAGAAGUUCCACUUCCUUUCACUUGUUGAGAAACAAAUCCAAAUCAGGACGGAAUGCUUCAUUGAUGCCAUCGAGAUGCUGAAGAAAAGGACUAAAGAGGCUGAACUUUAUUCAAGACAAUCUGCCAUCCUACAGAACAUACUGAUCGAUCAUGAGAUCCCACUUCCUAUUUUUGAGGACCUAGAUGAGAACGAGGAAGCUCGAGAGAGGACGGCUAUUAAAGAAUUCCUUCUUAGGCUCAACGAGCAAGAUUGGUAA